AUGUCGCUUCUUGGCCGUACGUUCCUUUUCAUCGCUACGGUGGCCAUUUUUCAUGCUGCAUUUUCUACGUAUGAACACCUUUCACAUCUGAAAGCCUUGGAACGACCCGAGGGACAGUUACCGCAGGAUAUUGUAAUUGAAACAUUCGUGGCGUUGGCACUCGGAAUUCUGGGGGCAUCCCUUAACGCCUCACCUUUGAAAGAGAUAACAUGGGCGAGCGAAAUGGAUAAGCGGUCAAUCGACGAAAUGGACGCCAGACCAAGUUUUGCCAGCUAUGUAAAUCGCGGAAAGAAUAUUCUGUCAUAGUACUGAUUAUCUUUAUUGCAUGAUGAAAAUAUUUAUGGGAAUGGUAAGUAAGCAUUGUUACUUGGCCGACAACUCUACCGCAUUCUUGAAAGCACUGAGGAGCGCCGUCAGCUGUAUCUUUUCGCUUCCACCAGUGGACAAGCGAUGCUCUGUUGUUGCGAGAUGAUCAAGGAGAUAGAUACGAGCAGUUGGCUUCAAAUCGAUGCCCUCAAUGAACUCAUAAGCUCCAGUAAUGAGGUCCUGCAACGCCAAUCCUCGCUCAAUUUUCAUC